AUGGAGGCUGCCAAUGAGUCUUCAGAGGGAAUUUCAUUCAUUUUAUUGGGACUGACAACAAGUCCUGGACAGCAGCGGCCUCUCUUUGUGCUGUUCUUGCUCUUGUAUGUGGCCGGCCUCCUGGGUAACGGACUCAUUGUGGCUGUCAUCCAGGCCAGUCCAGCCCUUCAUGCACCCAUGUACUUCCUGCUGGCCCGCCUGUCCUUUGCUGACCUCUGCUUCACCUCCGUCACUGUGCCCAAGAUGUUGGCCAACUUGUUGACCCACGACCGCUCCAUCUCGCUGGCUGGCUGCCUGACCCAAAUGUACUUCUUCUUUGCCCUGGGAGUAACUGACAGCUGUCUCCUGGCGGCCAUGGCCUAUGACCGCUACGUGGCCAUCCGGCACCCCCUCCACUAUGCCACGAGGAUGUCCCGGGCCGUGUGCACAGCCCUGGUGGGGAUGGCAUGGCUGGUGUCCCACGUCCACUCCCUCCUGCAUAUCCUGCUCAUGGCUCGCUUGUCUUUCUGUGCUUCCCACCAAGUGCCCCACUUCUUCUGUGACCGCCAGCCUCUCUUAAGGCUCUCGCGCUCCGACACCCACCACAUCCAGCUGCUCAUCUUCACCGAGGGCGCCGCGGUGGUGGUCACUCCCUUCCUGCUCAUCCUCGCCUCCUGUGGGGCCACCGCAGCUGCCAUGCUCCAGCUGCCCUCGGCCUCUGGGAGGCUCCAGGCUGUGUCCACCUUUGGCUCCCACCUGGCUGUGGUGAGCAUCUUCUAUGGGACAAUCAUUGCAGUCUACUUCCAGCCCACAUCCUGAUACGAGGCAGAGCGGGGCCGUGUGGCCACUGUCAUGUACACUGUAGUCACCCCCAUGCUGAACCCCGUCAUCUACAGCCUCCGGAAUCACGAUGUACAGGGGGCACUCUGAGCCCUUCUCAUUGGGCGAAGGAGCUCAGCUAGUGACUCCUAA